AUGUCCUUCCUCAAGAAAGACUACCCCUGGAUCCAGCUGCCCUUGAUAACAUGCGCGCCCAUGCUGUUCGCCGCAACGGGUGAGCUGGCCGCUGCCGUCUCUGCGGCCGGCGGUAUCGGAUUCAUCGGCAUUGGCUUCAAGGAAGAAGACUUGGAAACUCAGCUAUCUCAAGCCACUCGCCAUUUCCAAACCACUCAUAAAGACGUUAAAAUGGCCACUACAUCACCGGAAGUUCUACCGGUGGGAGUCGGGUUUCUGAACUGGGGCGCGAACCUCGACGCUGCACUGCCGGCUAUCAAGAAACAUGUUCCGGCCGCAGUAUGGUUAUUUGGAGUAGCAAAGGAGACCAUGAUCUCCGUUUACGGAUCGUGGAUUACUCGCGUACGCGAAGUGACUGGUGGAUGCACCAAGGUUUGGGUUCAAGUUGGUUCGGUGGCGGAUGCACUGCAUAUGACUGUUGAUAUGAAGGAUAGCAACUCGGUUCCAGACGUGCUAGUUCUCCAGGGUGUGGACGCAGGUGGUCAUGGCCUCAAACAUGGAGCCGGAAUCAUUACUCUCAUGCCCGAGGUGCGAGAUACAUUGGCAUCAAAGGGGUUCCCUGAUAUUCCACUCAUAGCUGCCGGAGGUAUCAGUGAUGGUCGAGGGGUUGCAGCGUCUCUAUGUCUGGGUGCCGAUGGAAUAUGUAUGGGAACGCGGUUCCUGGCUUGUUCACAGACAGCAAUAACGCAAGGAUAUCGAAAUGAGAUACUCCGUGCCAGCGAUGGUGGUCGAAGCACGGUUCGAAGCACGGUGUAUGAUCGGGUAAGAGGAUAUGUGGAAUGGCCUGAAGAGUACGAUGGGCGAGGGGUUACGAAUCAAAGCUACUUUGACGAACAGAAAGGUAUGGAAGACGAAGAGAAUAGGAAGUUAUAUGAGGCAGAGAAGCAGAAGGGGGAUGCUGGUUGGGGUGUUGGAGGUAGGAUGACCACGUACGCCGGGACGGGCGUAGGGUUAGUCAAGACCGUAGAAAGUGCAGAGGAAAUAGUUCGCAAGACCAGAGAGGAGGCGAAGAAGAUAAUUAAAUGCGACUAG